AGUUGAGACUAGUGGGUGUUUUCUCUGGUUGUGGUGCCGUGAGAAGAGGCUAGAGCACAGGCCCGGACAUGGAUAACGUUCGUGGGAAGUGGCCGCAGUGGCUCUCCGGAUGCCUGCGCUCAGCGACCAGCAGCAGCAUUCCAGUGGCACCUGUUUUGUUGGCCCUGGAUGGAGGAAGACGGGCAGAGCAGAGCCGCUGACCAGUGGUGAACAGGGACCUCUGGCUUCCAGCAGGGAGAUUCAGUGCCCAUCUGUCAGCACAGCACAGUCAGGCUUGACUGAAUGAGGUGUGGUGAUUGCCUUCUCCAUGUCCCAGCUCCUUCCUCUGGAAACACAGCCUCUCUGGGGGUUAAUAUCAGAAGAGGUGAUGAACACAGUGCAGGGCUGUUCAAGGAGAGUGUGGCUGGGAGCAGGCAGACUGAGUGGUAUCUGCACCGUCCCCCUGGGGCUGUUAGUGGAGGGACAGACCACAUGCGCGCUUGGGGCCUCAGGCCAGCCUGAGUUCAGCCCUCCGCACCUCGUGCCGGCCCAGCCCUGGCACCACUGAAGCCUGUCCGGCCCUCUGGGCACCGGCCAGGGCCUGGUCCUGGAAGCUGAGCGGUCCCACUACCCAUGAACAAAGCAAGCGACAGAAGCCCCUCGGCACUGGCUCGGGCAGCGCGCAGGAUUAAGGAGCUGCUUUAGGACCCCCAGGAAUCUGGAUUUUCUAGGCUGUCAGAGAGGUCUCUGGCCCCUCCCUGCCUCUCAUCUCUGCAGGCCCCAUGUGGCCUCGGGCUCCAACCGCUGACCGGCCUUCCCCAGGUCUGACACCAUCUCAGCCCGGGCUGCAGAGUACAGCGCCCUCUCUCGCCCCAGCUCCUGGAGAAGCGGGUGGUGGGGGUUCCAGAGUGACCUAGGGGAAGAGAGGGAGAGGAGCAUUCCCAGAAGGAAGGGGUCCCGAGCAGAAGCAAGCCACAGGCCCCCAGAUGCACCCCUGAACCUGUCGGAAAAGAAAAGCCAGUGCAUGUCCCGUGAGGAAGCUGUCGUCGUAGCCUCUGAACAAGAAAGCUCCCUCCGGGCACCUGGUUGUAGAAGCGACACGUGCGUGAUAGGAAACUGGGACACGUGGGAACAUCUGGAGAAAAAACCUUUCGCCACCUGCGUCCUGGGGUGUGGUUGUCGGCCUCAUCUGCACCAUCGGAAAACAAACUCAGUAUGCAAUUUAUGAUCUGCUUUGGGGCUUAAAGACAAAACAGGCUUUCUCCGUGUUUUACAAGAUCAUCAAUGACUGCUGUUUGUCAAGAUUUCACUUUUUGAGAAAACUUUUGACAAAGCCCGUUUUCCCUAUUAUAUAAACAGAAUAUGUCAUAGAAAAUUUGGGAAAUGGGGAAAAGUAGAAAGAAAUCACACUAGUUCACACCACAUGGCAGAAAUGUACCUUUUAGUUUUUUUAUAUCUAUACAGAUUUCUUCCCCGAAUCUUUUUAGAAUGGAUUGCAUCCAUUAUGUCUCUUGGUACCGUAACCCUUUAGUGUGUAUUUCCUAUAUUCAACGACAUUCUCUUACAAAACCACAGUGCAGGUACCAAAUCCAGGUAAUUGGACAUUGAUACAAUGCUCAGCAAAGCAAGCCUUCUCGUUGUGCUCGUGGCAUUUUCCCUCCAACCCAGCAUCCAUUCUGGGAUCCUAGCCUGCCUGUGGUCACUGUGUCUCCUGAGGAAUCUAUAGUGUGGAGCAGUUCUUUAGCCUUUCUUUUCUCCUGAGAUGAUUUAUUACUUGCAAGGGGAAAAUGGUGCCCACAUGGUCAAAAAACCAGAGGACACUGACCGUGUGAUCAAAAUGGUCACUAGCCAGUGAAGAGCCCGCGGACACCAUGUCCCUCCACGUGACGCCCAGAGGACACGUGGUUGCAGGAUUCCAGCUGGAGAGGUGCGACCUGUGUCCAGUGAUGCGGAAAGGGAAGGGAAUGGGCAAAGCUCAGAGGGAGGCGAGAACGAGCCUGGCGUGUUCAGGGAGCGGUGACUGGUUUCACAGUUGGGGGGAGCUGGAGGAAGAGGUGACACUGGACAGGUGGGUGGAAGCUGAUGGAGGUAAGGCCUGCUGCCAUCCGGGCACUGGGCCACCAUCAAAGGCCCAGCCCAGCUGUGAGGGUGCCAGUCUGCACCCGUGCUUCUGUCUGGGCUAAGAACCCGGGGUGGGUGCCAGAGCAGCAGACUUCCGUAGAAGGAGAAUCUUGCGGAGGGACAUUGUCAGGGAGCAGGGAGUCAUUUCAAGGGCUCUCUGGGCUGUGGGGUUUCUGGAAGCAGGUUAGAAUGAGGUGGCUGAGGAGAGACCACAGGAGUCAUCUACAGGAAAGUGCCCAGAGCACGGAGAGACAACUCAGUGAUGGGCUGGGGACAGGACAUUCGUCGCCUAAGCCCCACGACACGUGUUUAAGGCAGACGCUGUGAAGGUUCCUCAGCCGGGAUUAAACACAAGAGUACCCACUCUGCAGAGGACCCCAAGGCCACCGUUCCUGUGGGAAGCCUGCAGCCCCACGUCACGUGUGGAGCCCAGAGAACUCCCGACCUUGGGAACUGAAUCCUGCCCACAGCCACGUGAGACCCCAGGGGAGACCCCAGUCGUGGCCAACACCUUGCCUGCAGCCUAGGAGAGACCCCAGCCCAGGACCGGCCAGGCUGUGCCCGGACUCGUGCAACACAAGGAAGCCGUGAGAUCAUAAACGCAUGAUGCUUCAAGCCCUUAAGUGUGUGGUCACUGAAAACCAUCGGUGAGGGAAACCCGGAGAAUGUGGCGCAGCGGCCCGACGCGCGGGAGGAAGGGGAUUUCUGCGCUGCCCCCGGCUUAGGAGGGGGCUCCACCUGCGGAGGACCAGACGCUGUGAGGCUCUGGCGCCCAGGCCGGGCAGGCUCGGGGCGCCCUCCCCUCCCCGCUUUCUCCACGGGCGCUGACUUCAUGCGUCCGUGCAUUCGCUCAUUCCGCAGUCAGCAAGGUCACCUAACCCGGCUUACUCCCCGGACCUCAGGCCUGGACCUGGUGGAGGCCACGCGGCCCGGGGCGGGGGUCCGGGAGGCGUCCCAGAGGUGCGGGGAGUGAAGCCCUGCAGGGGCGGGAGCGGUCGGUGUGAAGGUGGCCGGACAGCAACCGAGGGUCUUGCACGCGAAGCUAGGAAAUCCGCGCAUAGCUCGCGAAGGCAGGCCCACCCCCACCCCCACCCCGCGGCCUCCAGGGCAGCUGAGUGCGGGUCCUCCGGCGCCCUAGAACGUCACCGGAAGUGCCCGAGCCGCCCGGGAGAGGGAGGCGGCGCUUCCGGCGGGCGGCGGGGGCUCCGGGCAGGUGUCCUACUACUGGUGUUUCUGCGGCAAGCAGCAAGCAGAGCCCCAGCCUGAGUCCACAGAACGCCCCAGAGAGGCGACCCUGAUGGACACGUGCACAGCUUUCCUAGCACAGGCACCGAGUGGCGGCCCGGCUUCCUGCUACGCUGCUUUGGUGGCUGAGCAAGGGGCUCAGAGCCCAGGGCUGAUGCUACGACAGGCAACCUUAGAAGAAGGGGGGCGCCGUGGACAGGCUGUGCCAGGACUGUUACGGGGGCCUCCCCGGACACUGCGGUUUCCAGACCCUUGUGGGAAUGAGGAAGCUAGAGAGAGGCCCAAAGGUUCCCCUCGGGGACCAGUUGUUUAUGAGGAAACUGGAGGGCAGAAUGGCCAUGAGGACAGUGUGUCCGGGUCAGAGGUCACCCUGAAUGCAGCCUCCACAGCCGAUAGGAGAGGCCACUGGAAAGGACGGCCUUACCGAUGCAGCACCUGCGACAGGAGCUUCAAAUGCUAUUCAGAUGUGGUGAAACACCAGAGCAUUCACUCUGGGGAGAAACCCUACGAGUGCAGCGACUGUGGGAAGGCCUUCAUCCACAGCUCCCACGUCGUCAGGCACCAGCGCAUUCACAACGGGGAGAGGCCUUACGUUUGUAAGGAGUGUGGGAAGGCCUUCAGCCAGAGCUUCAACCUCAUCAGACACCAGAGAAUCCACACGGGAGAGAAGCCCUACGAAUGUGCUGAGUGUGGCAGGUCCUUCAGUCAGAGGUCAGAUGCCAUUAAGCACCAGAGAAUUCACACUGGCGAGCGGCUGUAUGAGUGCAGCGAGUGCGGGAAAACCUUCAUCCAUAGCUCAAAUGUCGUCCGGCACCAGAGAAUUCACCACGGAGAGAAUCCUUACGAAUGCAAAGAGUGUGGGAAAGCCUUCAGCCAGAGCUCCAACCUCAUUCAGCACCAGCGGGUCCACACUGGGGAGAAGCCCUACGCCUGCCAGGAGUGUGGGCGCGCCUUCAGCCGCAGCUCCUUCCUCAGUGAGCACCGGCGCAUCCACACCGGGGAGAAGCCCUACGAGUGCGGCGAGUGUGGCCGCGCCUUCAGGGCCCUGUCGGGCUUCUUCCGGCACCAGAGGAUCCACACUGGGGAGAAGCCUUUCCACUGUGCCAGGUGUGGCAGGGCCUUCCGCCUGAGCUUUCAUCUUAUCCAGCACCAGCGAGUUCACGGCACGGAGUGAGCCUGUUGGGGGGUGAACAUGGAGUGGAAAAUUGAGUAAAGAAGAUUGGAGUGUGGGUACAACACCCUUCACUUUUUGCCCGCUCCCCCAGCUUUGUGUACUUUGCCCCACAGGAAGAGGAUAAAACUGUCUUGCUGGUCUCCAAGCCUGCCCGUGGAGGCCUGCAGUUUGUCUGCCGCCGCCUUGCCAGGAGCACUGGAAAGGAAAGAGGAGCCUUGGGGAAGGAGACGUGAUGGCAACGUGUGCCUCGGAAGUUAAUUUAUUUCAUUUUCACAGCACUGGGUUUUUUCCUGAAGUAUAAUUUACAUAUAGUGGAACACAUAAAUCUUAAGUGUUUGGUUUUAUGAGUUUCAACAGUACAAUGUGCUUUGACCUUUACAACCACCACACUCUGAAGAUGUAGACUAUUUCCAUCACCCCAGAAAGUCUCCUUAUGCCCCUUCAAGUCAGCCCCUCAUCCUGAGAGGCAACCAGUGAUCUCGUUUCUGUCACUAUAGUUUUGCUUGUUCUAGAACGUUAUAUAAAUAGUGAUAUAAUUUA